AUGUAUGACACCUUCGAUGAACAGUAUGCUGCCACUAUAGGAAUUGAUUUCCUCUCCAAAACAAUGUAUUUGGAAGAUAACAAAACGAUUAGAUUACAAUUAUGGGACACUGCUGGGCAAGAAAGAUUUCGACUGUUGAUUCCGCUGUACAUACGUGAUCUGCACGUCGCUGUGAUUUGUUAUGAUAUCACUUCAAAGAAGUCUUUUGACAAUUUAACCAAUUGGAUUAAUGAUGUGAAGUUAGAAAGAGGAGAUGAAGUGAUUAUUGUAAUUGUUGGAAACAAAUCAGACUUAGGUAAUAAGAGGCAAGUUACUCAAGAAGAGUGUGAUGAAUUAGUAAAGAAAGUCGGGGCUAAAUUUGCAUUGGAAACAAGUACAAAAGCCAAUCAUAAUGUUAAGUUGUUAUUUAAGAAAAUUGCAUCUUGCUUGCCAGAUUUCAAUGAAGUAGAAGAGAGGAAUGAACCAGAAACUAUUGACGUUAACAUCGAGCAAAGUGAAAAUACCAGUAGUUGUUGUUAG